UAUUAUUAUCGUCCUUGUUUGUUCUGUUCCUAGUUCCUACACUACACCAGAGAGAAGUGUCAAUUGUUUUCUUUUUCUCUCUUUCCUGAAUUGUUGCAAGAGAGAGCAUGUUGUUGCAUGAGCUGAACCUUGGUAUGAGGGAGUUCCAACCAGGGAACUUCGUGUACGAUGCUGAGGAUAUUCCAUUUGGGACGCUGUGGUGGUUCUUUUAUGCUGGAAUCUCUUGUUUGCUCGUUCUAUUCGCUGGGAUCAUGUCUGGUCUCACCCUUGGAUUAAUGUCUCUGGGUCUCGUUGAUCUUGAGAUUCUCCAACAGAGUGGCUCCUCCACUGAGAAGAAACAAGCUGCUGCUAUUUUGCCGGUUGUACAGAAACAGCAUCAGCUUCUUGUGACCUUGCUUCUUUGUAACGCCUGUGCCAUGGAGGCACUUCCAAUUUACCUUGACAAGAUUUUUCAUCCCUUUGUAGCAGUAGUGUUAUCUGUGACUUUUGUUCUAGCUUUUGGAGAGGUUAUCCCACAAGCUAUAUGCACAAGAUAUGGACUCUAUGUUGGUGCUAAUUUUGUGGGGCUUGUGCGUGUCCUGAUGAUCAUCUGUUAUCCAAUUGCUUACCCUAUUGGAAAGGUUCUGGAUGUUUUACUUGGACACGAUCAUGCACUGUUUAGGCGAGCACAGCUGAAAGCCCUUGUUUCAAUCCAUAGCCAAGAGGCUGGUAAAGGAGGUGAACUCACUCAUGAUGAGGCAACAAUUAUCAGUGGAGCACUAGAUCUCACAGAGAAGACUGCAGAGGAGGCUAUGACACCAAUUGAAUCUACAUUUUCCUUGGAUGUUGCUUCCAAAUUGGACUGGGAAGCAAUUGGGAAAAUUCUUGCACGAGGUCAUAGUCGUGUUCCUGUAUACAGUGGAAACCCCAAAAAUAUAAUUGGCCUCUUACUAGUAAAAAACCUUCUUACUGUAAGAGCUGAAACAGAGACUCCAGUUAGUGCUGUUUCCAUCCGGAGAAUUCCUAGGGUUCCAGCAGAUAUGCCUCUAUAUGAUAUCCUCAAUGAGUUUCAAAAAGGAAGCAGUCAUAUGGCAGCUGUAGUUAAGGUUAUAAGAGAGAGAAACAACCCUCAGUCACCCAAUGACACUGAGAAAUCCAAGGAUAAGGAAGUCAUCAAACAUAAUUCUCAACUAACUAUCCCAUUGCUAUCCAGGUUUUAUGAAAAAUCAGAAAAUGUUGUCAAUAUUGACAAACCCAAGCUUGCUGCAGACCAACAGUUUCAAAAGGAUGGCCCUGCAACAAAUGGUGUUUACCACUCUCUUGACAAUGCUGAAGAUGGGGAGGAAGUUAUUGGCAUCAUUACGCUGGAGGACGUGUUUGAAGAACUCCUGCAGGAAGAAAUUGUGGACGAGACUGAUGUGUAUAUAGAUGUACAUAGAAGAAUACGUGUGGCUGCUGUGGCAGCUGCUACAUCUGUGGCACGAGUUCCUUCUGGCCGAAAGUUAACAGGUCACAAGCCUAUAGUAAGUUAGAAUCAGGGGAAUUAAGCAAGCGAGUGAAAGUUUGACAAAGUUUGUGGAGAAUGAUUUACAUUUAAGAAGAAUUUCAUUUCAGGAUCAUUGAUGGGCAAUCAAAGAUGAGCUUAAAUCAGACCACUCUUCUUGUAUAUAGUUGUGUGGCCGCUGGUGCAUUUUGAUGGCCUAAUACAGGAUGGAGAUGUUGGCCAUGCUCUUUUGUUUUUGGUAGUCUUUAUAUGAACAUGUAGGUCCAGUAGUAUUAAGGAAAAUAAAUGAUCUUUGAAAUUUUUGUUUUCUUAGCAAUUUUGUUUGAAUCAAUCACAUUUCUUGCCUAUCAUAUUCAUAGCUACGCUCCUUUCUUGCUGAGCUCAAAUUGCUGCAUAUAAUUAAUGUCCUAUACCUCUUAAUUGCUA